UAGGGGAAAUGCCUUAUAGAUUGAAAGACUGGUUGUGUUGGUACCAGGUCAGUAGGCUAGUUGAUAAUGGUGAUGAUAGCCUAUCGGUAUGUCGUGGUGUCGUGAUCUGGCCAUGUGUGUUUCAGAGCGCAGCCUCCGGGAAGGAUUUCGAGUGUAUAGAACUGGGGGACCUGGGAAACGACGAUGAGGACGAGAGGAAGGAGAAGCCGCCUCGCAGAAUCAUCCAUUUCUCCAGCGGAGAGACCAUGGAGGAGUACAGCACGGAUGAAGAGGAGGAGGAGGACGAGAAGGAGCCGGAGAAGAAGGACCUGCUGUCUCCAGUCGACACGUCUACGCUGACCUGGGGACCUUAUGUCUGGUUUCAAAUGUGGAGGGCUGCCACGUCAACCAUCUCAGCAGCAUGUGAUUACUUGGGCGAGAGGAUGGCAUCACUCUUCGGCAUCACCACUGCCAAAUACCAGUACGCCAUCGAUGAGUACUACAGGAUCAAGAAAGAGAAAGAGGAGGAAGAGGAGGAUAACCGGCUCUCAGAGGAGGCAGAACGCUACUUUGAGGAGCAGCAGGAGCAACAGCAACAGCAGUGCAGCACCAGUGACGAUGACAGCAACAGUGGUGGUAGGAGAAGGGACCUCGAACCAGAGAUGAACCAACCACACCAGGUGAACCACGACACCAUCGACCAAGACCCUUCGGCCCCCACGACGAUACAUGUCCCUGUCAUCGUGACGAGCACCUAACCCAAAAAACAAAACCACAACAGAUGGCAAGACGAAGCCAUUAAAAAAAUAUAUGUCACGUCGGAGCUUUUGAGGCUUUCGAGGUCUGGCAACCAGAGGUUUUCUUUUACUGCACUAGUUUUGGGGGUUGUUUCUGAUGGCUUAAGGCAGUCGUUCCCAAACUGGCGGUCGGGACAAAAGGGACAUUGCAUAACAUUGCCUAGUAGGCACUUGUUUUUGUCCAUUAAUAUUUGCUAGAUUUUCCAUUAAUAGCUUGCCUGCUAAUAUUGCUAGAAAUCCAUUGCUAGGUGUAAGACUAGGGUGGGGGGGUCGCGAAAAUAUUCUCGAGUUCAAAAGGGGGUCCCCGCUGAAAGAGUUUGGGAGCCACUGGCUUAAGGCACAGAGAGGAUGUGCAGGUGUGGCUCUUAUUUAAGCCCCUGUGGUAACUCCCUCCACGCCCUCCUCCCCUCCCUCCCUCUCUCCCUCUCUCCGCCAGUGGCCUUAAUAGACGGAUGUCCUUAUGCCCCGUGCACACCAAGCGCGAACUACGCAACCUGAGCGGCGGAAGUCAUUAUCUCUCUAUGGAGGAUAAGCGAACUGGGCGAACGGGGCGAAUUUGCCAGGGUCAAAGCGAACUGAGCGACCAGAGCGAAUUCCAGUGAUUAAACUCAAGCUAAUAUUAUGUAAUGAGCUAUGACGCCGUUUGGCGAAAAAUCAAUAAAAGUUUAUAUCUCCCAGGCUGCCAAGUCCAUAGAGGUAGUAUAAGGACUGGAGAGAGUGAAUAAGUCCCGCCUCCAGUCAUUUCAAUGGGAAAUGCUAGGCUAGUUUUUACAGCUUCCAAAAUGGAGGUAUUUCCGCUGACAGUUUACUCAGCCAAUUAUAUGUAAGGGUUAACGUUCGGCGAGAAGGUCGCUACCGUGGAAUAGCAGCACGACAGAGAGAAUCUUUA